AUGCCAAUUGAGAAAUCAAAUGAACUGAAUUUGUACAAUUUAACAUUACAGAGACCAUCAAAUUACAUUCAUUUAUGUGCUGGUUAUUUUAUAGAUAAAACUCCAACUUUAUUAUCAGCUACAACUGCUGACUCUGAGAUAAAAAAGCCUAAAAAGAGGAAGUUAUUACAGUUCGUAUUGGCUACAGAAACUCAUCUUGAGCUGUACGAUAUUGAAGAUGGGAAACUCCAAAAAUUAGCUGUGAUACCAAUAUUUGGAAUAAUUACUACGAUGAAAUCCUUCAGUAUCGAAGGAUCUAAUUACUAUUUUCUAGCAAUGGGUUCAGACUCAGGGAAUCUGACAAUAUUACGAUUUAUUCAUUCAUCUAAUGGAAUUAAAUUGGAAACCUUGAUUAACCAACCUUUAACAAGAUCUGGAGCAAGAAGAAUAUCGCCGAUAUCUUAUAUCAGUGUUGAUCCACAGGGCAGAUGCUUAUUAUUAGGUGCAGUAGAAAAAAAUAAGAUGUGCUUUCUGUUAGACUAUAAGUAUGAUAAUUUCCAGAUAUCACCACCUUUAGAAAUAUAUAGGCCUGACAAGAUAACUCUAAGUUUAGUAUCAUGCGAUGUUCAGUUUGACAACCCUUGUUUUGUUUCUCUAGAGCUAGAUUCAAACGGAGUUAAAAAUGAUAUUUAUUUGGUAUAUUAUGUUUUAGAUCUUGGACUAAAUUCUAUCAUAAAGCGGGCAAAUUAUAAACUGAAUGCAGCAGCAAAUUUUAUAAUGCCCCUACCUGACUUGUCUAAAUAUAAUAUUUCGACAACAUUAAAUUUAAAUGAUAAAGGGCACGGAGAUUCUUCAGAAAGCAAUGAAGUAAAUCCAUUCGUCUUGAUUGGUCUUGAAAACCAUAUUUUAUUAAAAGACAUGCGUGGCUAUUUUAGUUUAAAAGUGCAAAUUCCUAAACCAGAAAAUUUAAGAACCCCUAUCACUAUUAUAUCAUACGCUAUUCAAGAAUUGAAAAAAGACUUCUUAGUUAUUUUACAGUCAAACCAAGGUGAUUUAUAUAAGGUGAAAAUUGAACCUAACCUAACUGAUCGUAAUAGACCACAAUUAUCAAUCACAUAUUUCGAUACUAUUAAUCAAGCGGAGCAAAUUCAUAUUUUUAAAAAUGGUUUCUUAUUUGUUAACUCUGAGUACUCAGAUAACUAUUUGUUACAAUUUAUUGAUCUAGGUGAUGACAUCAGUUCUUCUCAAAUUCUAACUUCAUCAAACUCACAACAAACAUUAGAUUUUAUGAGAAAUUCUAAGUUAGAACAUUUUAUUAUUGUAGAUAAACAAUGUACCCUUAAUCCUCUGACAAAUGCUGUCGUAGCAGAGACUUUGCCACUAACGAUAACAACAAAAAAAGAAGCAUCGCUUAGAAUGCUAUCAAAUUCAGUUAAUUUUAAGAGUUUAAUAUCUGCACCAUUACCGUCCGGUGCCAAGAAUCUUUGGUCCAUUAAAUUACCAGAAGAUGCGCACCAUAAAUUACUUUUCUUAAGCUUUCAAAACUCCUCGAAAAUUUUAAUAACUGAUAAUAAUUCUAUUGAAGAAUUAAAUAUUAAAAAGAAUCCCUUUAUUCUAGACAACGAUUCUACAUUACAUGUUUGCUCUAUAGGUCACGCAUCAAUUGUUCAAAUAUCUGAAAAUGAAAUGAAACAAAUAACAUACAAAAAUGACUCCAAAUCAUUUGAAUCAAAAUUAGAUUGGCUCCCUCCUGCAGGUAUUAAAAUUGUUCGUGCUACCAAUACGAAGACCCAAUUGGCUUUGGCUCUUUCCAAUAAUGAGAUUGUUUACUUUGAAAUUAAUACCGAGACAUCUUCUAACUCCGACACAAUGCAUGAAUUACAAUUACAUAUUGAAAUGACCUCUAGCAUAUUAAGCAUGAGUAUGGGAACGGGUAUGUCAUCUGAUUUUUUAGCCGUUGGAUGUGAUGAUAGUGUUGUUAGCAUAAUAUCUCUAAAAAAAUUGUCGGACGAAUUUUUAGAGAUUGUCUCGAUUCAAAGUUUAUUAUCUUCUCCCACUGAUCUAGUGUUACUUCAUUUUAAAGGUAAGAUUCAGUUACAUAUAGGUCAAGAAAACGGUGUUUAUGUUAGGUCAAGCAUUAAUCCAACUAAUGGUCAAAUAUUUGAUGUGAAACUUAAAUAUUUAGGCACUACAGCGCUUAAUUUGUCGGUCUUAAAUAGAGUAUCUCUCGAAUUAAAAUCUGACGAAGAUAAUGAUGAUUCGGAUCAGGAAGAUAAUGAUUCAUCUUGGAGCAGCAAGCAAACUAACACUGAUAGUGAAGUCUACACCCCCUGUAUCGUUGUGUUUGGUACACAUACCUGGGUAAGUUAUGAAAGAGACUCUAUGUUUUUUAUUAAGCCACUCCGAUUUACUGAUAUUAAUAAUUUGAAAAGUAUUGCCGAGUUUUGUACCAAUACGAUACCAUCCAACGGCUGUUGUUCAUUGAGUUCCUCUGGGUUGUUAGUUAUCGGUAAAAUUUGUGAUUUUACCUCUAUAGACAAUACUUUUAACAUAUUUGACAUUCCUAUCAAAAAGGAAAUUGAAACAGAGACCAAUCAAAUAAGUAGCAUAAAAGAAGAGAAGGAAGAAGCUAAAGAAGAGGAAGAGGAAGAGGAUGAUGAUGAUGAUGAUGAUGAUGAUGAUGAUGAUGAUUACACUAUUACACUAAAUAAGCAUCAGACACGUAGUAUUCUACGUUUAGUAGGGCAAUCAAGCGUGUAUCUACUUGUAGAAAACAACUACUCUGAGCAUAAUUGCCGUGUAACUAUACAAGAGAAUAAUGAGAUUUUCACUACUUUUGGUACCAAAGAUAAUUAUCAAAUACUAGACGGAAUUAUCUGUCUAUCUUCUAUAACAACUAAAUUCGGUAGGGGUAUUGACUAUGUGUUUAUAUCGUCUAUUAAUGGAAGAAUUCAUACAUUUGAGCUGAACGUAAAUUUGAAAAAAGCCAGCUUCAACCUUAUAAAAAAGAGUGAAGUCACUGUAGAUGAUAACGUUCAUACGAUGGCAGUUUUUAGAGAUAAACUCUUAGUUCCAAUAUUCGGUAAAUUAGCUGUUUAUAAACUGGAAAAGAAACAUCUAAUUCUUAAAAACACUAUCGAUAUGCCUCCAUCUGUAACAAAAAUCACAUCAAUGGCAGUAUGGAAAAAUCAAAGAGUUGCUAUCGGAGAUAUAAGAGAAUCUGUAACUCUAUUAAUUUAUAAUGAUUCAUUAGAGACUUUUUUUGCUGUUGCUGAUGACGUUACAAAAAGGCAUGUGACCACACUUCAAUUUUUAGAUAAAUCGUCUAUUAUUGGAGGAGACAAGUUUGGGAAUAUAUGGACUUUAAGACUAUCACAAGCAGAUAAUAAUAAGCUAGAUGGUACAGUUGACCUGGCAGAUCCUCGGUUUAAACAAAGAACUAAGUUGCAAGAGCGAUUUCCUAAUAUAUUAGAAUGUCCUUUUAAAUUUGAAUUGAAAACACAUUUUUUUAUAAAUGAUAUUGUUAUGAAAAUCGAAAUUAUACCUAACGUCAAUAAUUCUAAUAGAUCUACCAUUAUGUAUAUGGGACUACAGGGAACUAUUGGCAGUUUGAUUCCAAUUAUAUCAUCUCCUCAAUUAAAAAUGUUAAACAGCAUUGAAGGUAUGAUGAGAAAUGCAGAUAAUAAAAUGUAUAAACGAAAAGAAUUUGAUAAGGAAAUCGAAAGUAAAAAUAUAAUUGAAGACGAUGACGAUUAUAUAUAUGGUGAUAUAAUAGGUAGUCAAGAACAAAGAAUAGAUAAGGUUGUUGAAGGUGCAGUUACCUUGAUAGGUAGGGAUCAAGUGUCAUACAGAGGUUAUUACGCUCCAGUUCGUAAUGUUAUUGAUGGUGAUUUCUGUGAAGAAUUCUUAAAUCUGAGGUCGAACGAACAAGAAAUCAUAUGUGAUGAUUCAAAUGGAUUGAAUGUACUUGAUAUACUUGAUUAUCUGAAUGAGAUGAGACAUAGUUUCCUGUGA